CUGAAGUCAGCUCACACACUCUCUCCUGUGGCAGACAGACAGACAGACAGACACACCGAGGGACGGUGCUGUGUGAGGAGCAGAGCCGUGCGUGUUUGCGCUCACACUGUGUGUGUGUGUGUGUGUGUGUAUAUAUACAUAUAUAUAUAUAUAUAUAUAUGCGCGCGCGCGUCUGGGGAAGACUUGGAGAGCCCGAGGCGCACGCACACAGACAGGAGGACAUUAGGAGCCAGCAACUGGUGAUAAGCCCUUCAGAGGAAGAAGAGGAGGGGGUGUUGGAGGAAGAAUCAUUCGUUCUUUAUUUGACUGACUGACUGAAAGUAAAAGGAAAACUCUGCUUCAGACCGAGCUGCUCUGGGAUUUUCAGUCGUAGUCGGUACUUUUUCCUCUGAUCUCAGCAUCCCUGCUUCCCCUCCUGUCCCCGUCCCUCCUGAGUGCGCAGCGGCAGAGGAAGGGACGGGAGAAGCAGGCGGACGGAGCGUCUCCGCCGGGGUUUGAUCCACUGGUUGCAGGAUGAUGGAGUGACAGACACCUCUGGAUCCUGCUUCUACUCUGUUUUUGUUUUUUUUUUUGUGAGAACUAUAUUUCGCACCUCGGGAUUAUUUCAGCCUGUUCUCAUGAUGACCGGAGACUGUGUUGUGCGCUUCGUCCUGAUGCUCUGCUGCGCGCUCCUCUCCGCCAACGCCAGUAACUGGCUGUACUUGGCCAAGCUGUCGUCAGUGGGAAGCAUCCGGGAUGAGGAGACGUGUGAGAGGCUACGAGGUCUCAUCCAGAGACAGGUUCAGAUCUGUAAGCGCAGCGUGGAGGUGAUGGACGCCGUGCGUCGUGGGGCUCAGCUGGCUAUAGAGGAGUGUCAGUUUCAGUUUCGUAACCGACGAUGGAACUGCUCCACUCUGGAGACGAUGCCUGUGUUUGGCAAAGUGGUCACACAAGGCACCCGUGAGGCAGCCUUUGUGUAUGCCAUCUCAGCCGCCAGUGUGGCGUUUGCGGUCACAAGGGCCUGCAGCAGCGGAGAGCUGGAAAAAUGUGGCUGUGACCACAAUGUACAUGGAGUCAGUCCAGAGGGGUUCCAGUGGUCGGGCUGCAGUGACAACAUUGCAUACGGUGUGGCCUUUUCUCAGUCCUUUGUGGACGUGAGGGAGAGGAGUAAAGGUCAGUCCUCCAGCCGCGCACUCAUGAACCUGCACAACAACGAGGCGGGCAGAAAGGCCAUCCUGUCCCACAUGCGAGUGGAGUGCAAGUGUCACGGUGUGUCGGGCUCCUGUGAGGUGAAGACCUGCUGGAGAGCCAUGCCGCCCUUCCGCAAGGUGGGCAACGUCAUCAAAGAGAAGUUUGACGGCGCCACCGAGGUGGAGCAGCGCAAGAUGGGCAGCACCAAAGUUCUGGUGCCUCGCAACGCUCAGUUCAAACCUCACACGGACGAGGACCUGGUCUACCUGGAGCCCAGUCCGGAUUUCUGCGAUCACGACCCACGGACGCCGGGCAUGCUGGGCACGGUGGGCCGCCAGUGUAACAGAACCUCAAAGGCCAUUGACGGCUGCGAGCUGAUGUGCUGCGGCCGCGGCUUCCAGACGCAGGAGGUGGAGGUGGUGGACAGGUGCAGCUGUAAGUUCCACUGGUGUUGUUACGUCAAAUGCAAACAGUGCCGCAAAAUGGUGGAGAUGCACACGUGCCGGUGAUGGAGGCGGGAGCACAGAAGGCACUGCUGAUGGACAAAACAAACGCCCCCCCCACACGCUCGCUCAGAGAGCGAGGAGGACUCGUGAAGCUCCCUCGCCUCCUGCUUGAAACCACCAUUCCCACCUACCACUGGUCAACGUAAACAGACUGGCUGAGAGGUCAGAGGUCAUCCUGUUCAUGUAUGGAAAGGAGUCGUUUGUGCACAGGAUUUAAAGGCAGUUUGUUUCUUCUCGAGUCCCGAGUGUCUCUGGCUGUCUGUCUCUGUCCCUCACGCUCAUGUUUGGUUUGUCGUUGAGAAUCCUUUUUUUUUGCAAUGGUUAACUUAUUUGUUGAGACUGAGGAGACUGACGGGGGUGCAGGGCGGUGGUCCUCGGAGGAGGGGCCAAACUGGACCAAUUGAUGGGCAGAUGGAUGGGAGGGAUUAAAGGGUUGGGGUGUUAUUUGCCCUCUGUCCUUGCUGCUGCUGCUGCUGCUGCUGCUUCAGUGACUCAGUCGGAGUGUUAGUAAAGGAGACGCCAAGACUGUCCAAGGUUGGACUCGAACGAGACAAAGGAAGAAGUCACAGAUGGACCUGAUGUGAUUUCAUUCCUGAGUGAACGCGGCUGCACUGAGGUCAACUCACUUGUUUUGCCCCCUGCAAUGCCCUGAUGCUGCUCCACUCACUCACACACUAACUCACUGUCUGUCCACCAGAGGGACAAUGAUGAUGAUGAUGAUGAUGAUGAUGAUGAUGAACAGGUGAAAGCCACUGUCAGCUCCUUUCUGUCUUUUCACCUGUCACCUGUCAGCAGUACCAAUGACUGACAGGUGACACACACAC